AUGCGUGGGGGCAGAGGGCCUGUGGCCAUGUCCCUUCAGUGUCAGCUCAGCAGGCUGUGGAGGAAUGAGCAGGACUCACUGAUGAUUUCAGCGGUGAGGGACAAUGGGGACUUCCAGGAGAAAUACCUCACAUGGAUCACCCUUGCUGGCAGCUGUGCCCAUGCCUUCCCCCUGAAGGGCGCCCAACAGCAGUCCAAUGCCACCACUGCCUUUGUGGGGCAGUGCUUCAUGGACACGGGCAGAAAGGAGACACUGACCACCACAUGGCUGCUGCAUGAAGCCAUUGGGUCCCUCAAGGAGGACUGA